AUGACGAUUCUAACCUUCGUUCGGGAGCUGUACUCCCUUGAUACCCUAGACACUCGUUUCACGCCCUCCUCUACACCCCAGAAAUCGGUCAAUGAGGAUUCCUCGAAGCACGGGACAAGAGAUGGAAAGGCACAGACACAGCCUGCAGAGGCUUCACCUCCGCGAUGGAGGACCCCGGAAUUCUAUCUGUACUUGGUCGUCUUCCUUGUCUGUGUGCCUCAAAUGUACUGGGCGGUAGUCAGCGUCUCGCAGCCGGACUCGCCCAACUACUCGAAAUAUGAACAUUUGCUGUCUCCGGGGCUGUUCAGCUGGAAAGUGGACAAUUCUGAUGCCCAGUACGCCGGGUUUCGCAACAACAUCCCAUACCUGACGGUGCUCUUGUUCUUGCAUCCCUCCCUCCGUCGGCUCUACGAACUUUAUACUUCAUCAGCACCACCUGCUUCGGAUGGCAUCGCCCAAUCGACUGCUCAUGGCCAGGCGGCAGCUGACGCGCGACUCCGUAGCCGCCUAGCGUUUGACUUUGUCUCUGCGUUGAUCUACGUGACUGCUUUGAAUGGUACAUCAGUGCUAAAGAUCCUCCUGAUCCUUCUGAUCAAUUUCAAGAUUGCUACAGCCCUUCCGCAACAUGCGAUUCCAGUAACAACGUGGGUCUUUAACAUCGGCAUCCUCUUUGCCAAUGAACUCGCCCGAGGUUACCCCUACUCAGUAAUGGGGGAAGCAAUCGUGCCUUUCUUCCCGGCUGCGAGUAACUGGGGCAAGUUUCUGGACUCCUAUGGCGGGCUCCAGCCUCGCUGGGAGGUUCUGUUCAACUUCACCGUAUUGAGGAUGAUUUCAUUCAAUUUCGACUAUUAUUGGUCGCUGGGUCGGUCAAGGGCUGGAAGUCCUCUCGAGAAGAAACAACUCGAUCCUUCAACCUUAUCAGAAAGGGACCGUGUGACCAUGCCCGCCCCAGCUUCAGCCUACGUAUCAUUUCAAACCUACGUCGCCUAUGUCUUAUACCCGCCUCUGUAUCUGGCCGGACCCAUCUUGACCUUUAAUGAUUACAUCUCGCAAUCCAUCUACCAAUCUCCGUCGGUAUCGACAAAACGGACGAUUCUUUAUGGCAUCAGGUUUCUCAUUACUCUCUGCUGCAUGGAGUUUCUCAUUCACACUGCGUACAUGGUUGCCAUAUCCAAAUGCUCGCCAGAUUGGUCGGUCUACACACCUUUUCAACUCAGCAUGCUCGCCUACUUCAACCUGCAUCACAUCUGGCUGAAACUCAUGAUCCCAUGGCGCUUUUUCCGGCUGUGGGCUCUGGUCGACGGGAUCGACCCUCCAGAGAACAUGGUCCGAUGCAUGAGUGACAAUUACUCCGCUCUAGCUUUCUGGCGUUCAUGGCAUCGAAGCUUCAACCGAUGGACGAUCCGCUACGUGUAUGUUCCACUUGGAGGCGGUCCCGGUGGCGGAUCUGGUAGGCUUCGCGGCAUCGGUAAUAUGCUAGCCGUCUUCACAUUCGUGGCGUUGUGGCAUGAUAUACAGUUGCGGUUGUUGGUAUGGGGGUGGAUGGUGGUGUUUUUCGUGCUACCCGAAGUCCUCUUGACCAUGGCAUUCCCGGCGUCGAAAUGGAAGACCCGACCAAAUGCUUACCGAAUCAUCUGUGGCAUUGGCGCGGUUGCCAACAUUCUCAUGAUGAUGGCGGCAAAUCUAGUGGGAUUCGCAGUGGGCAUGGAUGGUUUGACGAGCAUUGUUCACGGCAUUGCCAGCAGCUGGCAUGGGGCAUUGUUUAUGGUGAGCGCAUGCGCCAUUCUAUUCGUCGGAGUUCAAGUCAUGUUUGAACAUCGUGAAGACGAGAAGAGGAGGGGCAUCAGGCUGAAAUGCUAA